AUGGCUGUCAGAGGCGACUUCGCAAAGACAUUGAAAUGUGUACGAAGCUUAAUAGACUUCCACUUAAUGGCGCAGUAUGGGACUCAUCCCACAAGCACACUGAAUUAUAUGGAGAGCUAUCUCGACGAUUUCUAUAAGCACAAGGAUAUCUUUUUAGAAUUCCAGGUAUACAAGAGGAUGAUUGGGGAUGCGAAAAAUCGGACAAAAGCCUUAAACGCCUCAGGCUCCCAGAGUGCUCAGCGAGGCUUAGAGGAGAUCCGCGAGAUACGAGAAAGGUCUCACUUCCACUUCAUCAAAUUGCACAUGUUAUCGCACUAUCGGGAACAUAUCGAGCACUUUAGGAGCAUUCCCCAGUACUCCACCGACAUCAGCGAACUCACCCAUGUACGUCAGAUAAAAGAGGCAUACGGAGUAUCCAACAAGAUCGAUGCUGCAACGCAGGUACUGGACUAUGGGGGGUGGCUGUUGGCAUUAGAGAUUCGAAUACUGAAUCUGAAAGACAUUGCUGGAGGUUCUGAUAGCACUGAUCACAUCCUUUGGAGCCAUCGAGAUAACUUGAAGGAGUAA